UUAAAUGCGGAUGCCUUUGGAAGUCGUAUCUGCACCAACUGUACCAAACUAAAUUUUUGAUCGACACUAUUGUGGGUACAUAAUAGCAUUUUGCGUUUGCUGUGGAACUUUGCUGUGAUCCUACAUAAAGUCUGAUUUAUUUAACUAAAUUUAACCGCUUACGCUACUGCUUAAGAUAUUUUCACAAUAAUAACAAAUAUGUCAUCUGAUGUAAAUAUGCAGGCUGAAAAGCCCGAUGAAGAAACAACUGUCAAUAAAACUGAAGAAGAAGAAGGCAGAUCAUCUAAAGACUUGCAUGCGCAAGACAAUGGUCCUGUUUAUGGAGGUUGCGAGGGACCUAAUGCGAUGUAUGUGAAACUUGUCAGUAGUGACGGGCACGAGUUUAUUGUUAAGCGAGAACAUGCAUUGACAAGUGGUACUAUUAAAGCAAUGCUGAGUGGACCUGGUCAGUUUGCAGAGAAUGAGGCAAACGAAGUUAAUUUCAGGGAAAUUCCGUCUCAUGUGCUGCAAAAAGUUUGCAUGUAUUUCACCUACAAAGUACGUUAUACAAACAGCAGCACCGAAAUCCCCGAGUUUCCAAUUGCACCGGAAAUUGCUCUAGAACUAUUGAUGGCUGGCAAUUUCUUGGAUUGUUAAAUAUCCGUAUAAGAAAUAUACAUAUAUUGACAAUUCAAGGAUCGGCGCAGCUUUAAUUAUUUACGAUGCUGCGUGUAUCUUGUGUGUAUCGUGAUAAUUGAGAUCAUAUUUGAAAACACGAUUAUUGAUCGCUUUGGACUCGUACUUGUGACAGACAUUUAAUCCAAAAAAAAAAAAAAAAAAA